CGCUAAUGGAACUUGAAAGAAUGACUCGGAAAAAGGAAGAAGGGGCAGUGGUGGCACUUCCGGGCGGGCUGAUUUAAAAUUAACAAGAUGGAUUUGUUAAAUGCGCUGCAAUUCCUGAACUUGAACCAAAUCCCCCAAGACUGGGUGGAUGCUGUGUGGGACUUGGAGUUCACAGAGAGGAAACCAAUAGAAGACAUCAUAGAGGACAAACUCCGAGCUGGUGGAGAGAAGUCCUUCAGAAGCCUGUACUACUCUUUACUGGAUCAUGCUGCAGAACAGCAACAGUCUGCUGGCAGGGAUGGAGCUUCACAGGGUGUCUGGGUGAUCCUCGGAGAAAAUGGGGUGUCUCUGAAGUCUCUGGUGGCUGUGCUGUCCCACUUCGUCCUUGCAGUGAGAGCCAAAGGGGCCAGCGUACAGCAGAGGGUUUGUGGACUCUAUGCAGCCUCUGUCUACCUGCUGCUACUGGGGAUCCCAGGAAGCAUUGCCAACAAGGUUUUCCACGAGGUUUUGUUGGACACAUGUUCUGACCUGACUACACACUGCUGGCCUCAGGAGUCUGGGAGGAAGCGCAAGAAGGACUGCCUGAAAAGUUCCCAAGCUGACGGCAAACGCUCCAAACCACAGCGGAGAGAUGCUCCAGAGACGGAAAUGGAUGAAGAAGAGGAGGAAGAAGAGCUACAGUUCUCUGGCCAGGACCUGAUAAAGAUCAGAGAUGCUAUUGCUCACUUGGUUCAAAGUCUUCUCCACCUCCUUCAAACAUUUCCACUCAAAGACAGACCACACAUUGCCAGCAACUGUGCCCAGAUCUUCAGUAAGCUACUUUACUUUGAACUUGUGUUGGGGGAGCUGACCUUUGCUGCUCCACGGGACGUCUCCGAGCUCAGGAGUGUCCCGGAGAUGGCUUUCUAUGGCCUAAAACUUCUCUGCUCACCAAAACAUGGAGACCAGAAAGAGUCCCUGCGGAGGAUCUUCCAUCGGCUGCUCUAUGUCAUCCUGAUGAUGAAUAAAGACCACAGUGGGAAGCCUUCCCUUCUCGUCCCUAACCAAGCCAUCCUCACAACCCGUGAUCAGGCCGUACACUUUGUUUGUCAUUUAGUGGAUGAGCUAAAAGAGCUGGCUUUACCUUUCCUUCAAAUCCUCCUGCAGCAUAUUUGUUUCCAGAUGGUGGAGAAGAGUGAGUACCGCAACCAUGGAGCUCAGGCUGUGGGUAUGCUAACAUCUCAUAUGGCCAGUACGGACUAUGCCCACUUCAUUAAGUGGCUCUUUAACUUCUCUGGUCAUUCAAAGAUGGUGCACCGGCUGUUCUCCGUGGAUGUGGUGAUGGUUUUGUUGGAGCAUCCGGAGAGAAGUUUGGAUGAAUGUCAGGAUCUUGAAAGUGCCAGGUUCUUGCCACACAAGUUCCUGAUCCAGGACCUGUUGUUUGCUCGACGAAUGGACAUAUCACCCACCGUCCAGGGUCAUGCACUUUCCUGCCUGGCUCAGUGUUUGGAGCUGCCCUCCCUCAAUGUCACCAGGGCCAUCCACAACCUCUUCUCUGCCACCGGGGCACAGACAGUGCUGGAGGAGGAUCUCACAGCAGGAUCUUCUAGUUCCCAGAAAACCUAUCGGACUCUUCCAUUCAAGACAGUAGAGCUCAGUAUUGCUGACAGCUCUAGCUGUGAUGCUAAAGAGAACCUGGCUCUUCUCCUGCGCCGUAUCAGAGACUCAAAGACUAAUGUGAGGAAAGCAGCUCUGCAGGCUUUGGUGGGUCUCCUGAAACAUAGCGUAAUUCCCACAACCUGGGAGAAUCUGGAAACUCUGUCGGAGCGCAGCAGAGACCCAGCUGUCUCUGUGAAGAAGAAGGCCUUACAGUGCCUUGGAGAAAUUCUCGCUGCUAAACCGAAGGACAUUGUAGUCCAGAAGGCGUGGCUGCACGGUGUGGUCCCAGCUGUGGUAGAUUCUGAGAACUCUGUACAGGACAAGGCCUUGGAGGUUCUUGACCAGGUGCUGCUCAGUCAGGUGAAGCCUGAGAAUCACCACUUGGAUGACAGUCAGAAGCUGGCUUGGGACCUGCUUGACCUGCUGUGUAACGAGUGCCAGGACAUUAGCCGAUAUUUCAGCAGGGCCUUCCCCAUCUGGUCCAAAGAGAACAAGUUCUCCCCAACGUUCAUCUCUAAUCUGAUAUCCCACACUGAGACAGACCAUGCUGCAGGGGCCUGGCUGCUGCUCUCCAAGGUUGUCGCCUCAGUGUCCAAAGUACCAUAUGGCAAAAUCCUGGAUGCCUGGGACACCAUGGUCAGAUCCAAAAGUGUGAAUGUGACCAACUGCUGUCACAUCCUUUCUGUUAUUGGAGACAUUGCCUCUCAUUUGAAUGAGGACACCAAGGACAGGAUAGUUGUUGACCUGAUGUCUUGGCUGAAGACUUCUAGUUUGUCUUUGGAGGUGAUCAGUGCUGCUACGCAGUCACUUUAUCAGCUUGGUUGUAGUGAUGACAUCAAACGAACUCAGGCUUUCUUGAACCAGCACUGUGGUGAGCUGGUGUCAGUCUGUGAGGCUUAUUUAACCAGCAUUAUUCUCACCGAGAAUGGAACCCAGAACCUCAAUGAGGACCUGAUGAUAAAGCACCUCCACACUCUGGGCGUGGCCUCUCUUCACUGUCCAGCAAAGGUUGGUAGGAGGACAGUCCUGCUGGUGGAGUCUGUCCUAACGUCACAUUCUGAGAAGCUGGCAGACUGUCAGGAGGAGCUGCCAGCAUCACUUCCUUUGUCUCACUUCAGAGAAAACUCUCUGCCUGCCAGAAUUAAAGCCCAUGGAGCGAUUGCUUUAGGGAAGCUGUGUCUGCAGCAUGAAGAACUGGUCCAGAAAUACCUGCCAGUGUUUGCCAGAGAGCUGGAGGUCAGCACAGAGGUUGCAGUGCGCAACAACAUUGUGGUGAUAAUGUGCGAUCUGUGUGUUCGCUACACCAACAUCGUGGAUCACUACAUCCCUAACAUCUCUGCCUGUCUGCGAGACGAUGAAGCUGUCAUCAGGGAGCAGACUCUCAUCAUGCUGACCAACCUACUUCAGGAGGAAUUUGUGAAAUGGAAGGGCUCCCUCUUCUUUCGCUUUAUGAUGGCACUGGUUGAUCCAGUUCCGGCCAUUGCCAGUUUGUGUGAAUACUGCCUGCUCCACCGUCUGCUCAAGAAGAACCCUGAGAUGUUCAACCAGCACUUUAUUGAGUGUAUUUUCCACUUCAACUCGUACAGCAAACACAAGUCAUACAACAAGUUUCCUCAAAGUGAGAGAGAAAAAGUUCAGUUCUCCCUGAAGGGAGCUCAGCACAAGGAGAAGCGCUUUAGGAUCUAUCGCUUCCUGUUGGAACACUUCACAGAUGCCCAGCGCUUUAACACCACCAGCAAGAUCAAUCAGACCAUCUUAGCAUGCUUCGCAGACGAGGAGCUGCCUCUGGAUGCAGAUGGUGCUGAAAUCUUGUCAGAGACCUUCAAUGUGUUGAGUCUCAAAGAACUGAAGCUGCAGGCAAUUUCAGCACCGGCAGGGGGAGCUGGAGGUGAGGAGCCAGAGGAGGAGAAUGUGGCCACCAUGACCAAGGUUGUCCUGCAGGUGGCGCAGAAGAAGGUGGUGUCACAGGUCCAGAAAAAGGCUUUGAUUGAAAACACAGUUCCUCUAAUUAUCAGCCUAAAGAGCCUUCUGGAGCAGAAACGAUCCCCUGUCCUCAAAGAGCUUAUGGGCUAUCUCCAGGUAAUGAUGCAGGACUAUCGUAGCGAGGUGAAGGAGUUUUUUGCUGGAGAUGCACAGCUGGCAGCUGAAGUUGAGUUUGCACUGAAGACAGCAGAAAAGAAAAGGGAGAUGCAGGAACAGAUGCAAAACUGCAGCCUGACGUCAGAUGCCCAAACACCUGCUGCAAAGAAUUUGGAACAGAGGUCUCCUGCUAAGAGACCCCUCCUGCCUUUUAACUUUGCCACACCACAGCCACCUCAUCCUAGCACCACCUUAUCCAGACUGGCCCUGACUGACAGGCGUUUGUGCCCAUCCAGGCAGGAGGAACAGAGUCGCUCGAAGUCUAUGACUCUGGAAAAAACGGCUAUAGUUAAAAGAGGGGUUAACGACAGAGCCUUCAGCACCCCAAAAGGUUUCAACAUCAGCCUCACAUUUAACGAAGGACUAAGUGCGAUCUUUAGUGACCAAGGAGCAAGUCUUAGCAGAGAGUCCAGUGUUCUGCAUGUGAGAUCAAAUGAACAACCAGCUCCUGGGCCAAGGCGCUGGAACGUACUCUCCCCUCUUCGCCAUAGUAAAACAUCAUCUAGAGUGUAGAUGUUACGCCUCAUCUGGCUAUUUCUUUGUGUAUUCCAUCCUGUAGUUAAUAUUUAUCUCUUCCUGUUUCCAGUCUCUCUAUGCUGCAAUAUUUCCCUUGCAUGUUUCUCUCACUUUUCUUUUUAUGUUUGAUAAUAAAGGAGAUCUAAAGAGGUUUUUCA